GACAGCAGCAGUCUCUCUCCUUCAGUCUCGUGGGUGAUCAUGGCGGACACAGACGCGUCGGGGAAGAAGAAGAAGAAAACGAGGAAAGUCGGUGAAGAAGAAGUCGGUGAGAUCCAGCAGAGCGGAGACUUCCUCAUCCAACCAGAGUCCAAGGUGUUCUCUCUGGACACGUCUCAGUGGCCCCUGCUGCUCAAGAAUUUUGAUAAACUAAACAUCCGAACGGCUCAUUACACUCCUCUACCGAACGGCAGCAACCCUCUGAAGAGGAACAUCCAGGACUAUGUUAGGACUGGCUUCAUCAACCUGGACAAACCAGCGAACCCGUCGUCUCACGAGGUGGUGGCGUGGAUCCGGAGGAUCCUGCGAGUGGAGAAGACGGGUCACAGCGGGACGCUCGACCCGAAGGUCACCGGCUGCCUGAUCGUCUGCGUGGACCGAGCCACGCGAUUGGUCAAGUCCCAGCAGAGCGCCGGUAAAGAGUAUGUGGGGAUCGUUCGGCUGCACAAUGCCAUAGAGAGUGAACACACCCUGGCCCGGGGGUUGGAGACGCUGACGGGCGCUUUGUUCCAGCGACCGCCGUUGAUCGCCGCUGUGAAACGUCAACUCAGAGUCCGAACGGUCUACGAGAGUAAACUGAUCGAGUACGACCCCGAGAGGAGAUUAGGGAUCUUCUGGGUGAGCUGUGAGGCAGGAACUUACAUACGGACUCUGUGUGUCCACCUGGGUCUGAUGCUCGGGGUCGGAGGUCAGAUGCAGGAACUCAGACGAGUCCGGUCUGGAGUCCUGGGAGAGAAGGACCACAUGGUGACGAUGCACGACGUGCUGGACGCUCAGUGGCAGUUUGAUCACAACAAAGACGAGACGUAUCUGAGGCGAGUCGUGUUCCCUCUGGAGAAGCUGCUGGUGUCCUACAAACGUCUGGUGAUGAAGGACAGCGCGGUGAACGCCAUCUGUUACGGAGCUAAGAUCAUGCUGCCAGGUGUCCUCAGGUACGAAGACGGCAUCGAGAUGAACCAGGACAUCGUCGUCAUAACCACCAAGGGAGAGGCCAUCUGCACAGCUGUUGCUCUGAUGACCACGGCUGUGAUCUCCACCUGUGAUCACGGCAUCGUGGCGAAGAUCAAGAGAGUGAUCAUGGAGAGAGACACGUACCCUCGGAAGUGGGGCCUGGGUCCGAAGGCGAGUCAGAAGAAGAUGAUGGUUCAGAAAGGACUACUCGACAAACACGGGAAGCCCAACGGCAGCACGCCCGCCGACUGGAAGAGCCAAUACGUGGACUACAGCAUCUCCAAGGCAACUGCAGAGUCAUGUGACACGUCAGCAAAGAGGAAGAGGGAGGCGGCCGACAGCGACGGCGAAGCAGCAACGCCCAGCACACCUACCGUAGAGGUGAAGAAGAAGAAAAAGAAGAGGGUGCAACUGGAGGAGGCGGAGCCUGAGGUGGUGGAGGCGGAGCCUGAGGCAGAGGUUUUAAGUGCCAAGAAGAAGAAGAAGAAGAAGAAGAAGAAACUAAAAGACGAUGGUGCGACAGACUAACGGACAGGUGAACUGUCUGAGGCUCCGCCCACUUUUCACACCUGCCUGAACGCAAAUCCCUCAUGAGUUUUACAAUAAUGGACACGCAAAGAAAAGGACUUUUUUGUUUUUGUAUACAUUUUAUUAUUUUUUGUUCUUUCAGUUGUAAAUACCUCAACAGAGUCUGUUUGUAAUUUCAAAAUAAAAGUCUGUUUUCUA